AUGACUCUUUCCUUGCUGUUUCAGACUAGCGCUGUCCUGUGCUCUGGUGGGUGUGUUCUGCUGGCUUCCAGUGCCCUGCUCGCCAUCGUGACAAUCUUCCUCCCCAGCGGUCAGUGUGAGAAGAGGAUUUGUACACUAGCCGGUUACAUGCAGACAACAGCAGUGUUCAUCAUGGCGUCUGGGCUUCUGGUUUAUCCGUUUGGGCUGAACUCCUCCAUCGUGCGGAAGUACUGCGGGGAUUCCAGCAUCUAUCAUGCAGCGGAGUGUCAGAUCGGAUGGGGCUACAUGCUGGGGAUUGUUGGGGUCAUGCUCGCAGUCUUCUUGCCCUUCUUCUCCAAAUAUGCGCCGAAGGAAUCCCUUUCACCGACUCCAAUACCGGCGCUGUUAUAGUACUUGUUGUUGGAGGAAGGGACCGCUUGACCGCCGUUGUACAAUAUCCUGCUUUUACACCUUCAGAAACGAGCGGAAGAUAAUGGAGGCAUCCCAGAGAGCCAGGAAAACAGCUCAAACAAGGGCCCAUUUGCAUUGUGACCCAAGUGCAUUCGGUGAAACGUCUUCCUGAUUCCCACAAGAUGCACAGCGCGCGUCCGACACUAGCAAUUCACCUGAAAAGCUGCAAGGAAAUGAAUUACAAGGAAAGUAACAUCCUGUCAGUUACUGCUACACCAACCUUGAACCAAUCAUCCUACCAACUCCAGCCCACUUGUAAUUCUCACAAGGAUCGGCGGUGGUUUUCACGACAAUGCUGAGCUGGGUUAUUUGCAGAUAAAGGUGGGUUAAAUUUGUUGAAGAAUUCCUGUUAUUGCCAGUCGACGCACACUGGGUGGUCUUAUGGACCUGUUUCCAUAAUAACAGGAAUGGGCUCAGUGAAAAUAUCAGAGCAACCGAACCACAGCAUGGUGUUGUAUUAGUGACAAGAAGACUAUUGAGGCUCAUGUUGAAAAAGAACUGAACAACUUGGGAAAUGGGGCAACAAUUUUGUCCUUCCAACCAGGAUAUUUUGUCAGUCGAAGCAUCUGAACGUCAAGUCAACUAGUGGACGGAACUAAAUGUCUUCUUUCUGAGGUCCAAUUUGCAAAGUGUUUUUUUUUAAUGCACUGGAACGCGAGAAUAGGCUGGAGGGAUCGCAGAUAUCUCCAGCUUUAGAGACAAGCUUAUCAGAUAACUGGAUGUCACUGCAUCUCAAGGUCAGAAUCUCAGCGAUACACCUCACACUGAAAUCUCUUCGGUGGAUGGAGAUGAAAACAAAUGAAAUUUGGACCAACCAUUCCUUAUACAAAUGCUUCCGGUGAAGGUUGGAAGAUCAAAUCUGCAGUGUGCAAGUUCUCAAUGGGGCUUGCAAUCUACUCAAAUCUUUUGAGCGCAUUUUCUACUCAUGCAGUUCUUUUGACAAAUGGUUCUAACACUCAAUCCCGAAUGUUUAUCUUUUAAAUAAAGGGCCCCGCCAACCAACUGUCUGGCCUUCGUGUCAGUGUGAAGACACGUCGGAACCUGUAGUACAGCCAUAAUGAAUCAUUCAGAAUGAACAUUUAGAUAGACGCAAAUAUAUGGCAUGUUUCCUUUACCACUGUUGCUUUCUUUCAUAUCUUUCAUUCAUUUGUUCUUCACCUCUCUACAUCACCGUCUAUAUCUCUCGUUUUCCUUCCCCCUGACUCAACCUGAAGAAGGGA